AUGAUCAUCACCAGUGGUCCGGGCAGAGGCAAGUCCACGGUAGGCAACAUCGCCGCUGGCCGAGCGGUGUUUGCGACGGCGUUUCAGCCCACCCACGUGACCACCGAGAACGCCUGGGCCGUGUCGCAGUCGGUGCGCUUCCCCGGCGAGGCACCCCUCGCCUUGGUGGUGCACGACACGCCCGGCCUGGACCAGGACGCACACUACCCCCGUCACCGCGCCCAACUUCAGCGGGCCUUUGAAGGCCCGUGUCGCCAGCGCCAGAUCGUCGCCUUCGUGCUGGCCGUCGCAGCGAGCGGCCGCAUCAGCGCCAACGACGUACGGCAGCUGGAGGCCAUCGUGCGGGCCUAUGACCUGCGGCCCGAGAGCGUCAUCCUCGUGUUCAACAUGAUGCCCGCGCUGGCGCCGGCAGCUGCGGAAGCUUACAUGGUGGAAGCCGUCGCCGCGAUGCCGCCCUUGCUUCGGCCGUACGCGGCCAAUCGUCUGGCCGUGCCGUACCUGGAGAGGCUGGCCAACGACAACCUCGAGCAGCGCCAGGCGUUCGUCGCUUCGGGCUCUGGCGAGGCGCAACGCGUACGGGAUAGCCUCGCCGAAGCGCUGUCGAGAGCCUCGCCCGGAUCGUACGUGCUGGUACGGCCAGAGGCCCUCUUGUCGGCCGCCGAGACGUCCGAGAAGCUACACCAGGAAAAGUUGCGACUUGAACGAGAGCGUCAGCGCCUCGAAGCCGAGAGGAGAGCCCAGGAGCUCCGGUUGGAGCAGGCGAGGCGGCAAGAAGAACUACAGCGCCAAGAGAAUGAGCGUCUCGCGCUGCAGCGCGAGCGCGCCGAAGCCGAGAGGAGAAUCCAGGAGGCCCAACUGCAGCAGGCGAGAGAGCAGGAGGAGCACCGUCGAUCCGUGCUCAGUUCGGUGGCGCGCGAGGGAAAAAGAUUCCUCAAGAGGAUCCGUCUUCGCUGA